AUGAUCAUCCUUGGUCAUUCACUGGUGAGCCUGGCGCACACUUCGCUUCUGGUCACCAGGUUUGACGACAUCAUGGCAGUGAUCAAAGUCCAAGGACUGUCUUUCAUGCGGUCUGAAAAGUCCUGGCGACCCAUAGUAUCCGUCGAAAUCGACCAGCACCACCGGCACGAAGUAGUUUUGGGAUGCGAUGGUCAGAACCCGAAUCUCAAGUCGCAAUUCCUUGUACAUGGCGCACACCCUGGAUCUACGGUCGAAGUGAAGGUCUGGCACCGUUCACAGAGCAAGAAGAAGAAGAAGCGGAAUCUUGUCGCAACUUGCUCGCACCCGUUACGCGAGCUUGUGAAGAAGCAGGAGUCGGAACCCCAAUUGGAGCUACGGCUUAAUUGCCAGUCAAUGACCAAGAAGAUGGCUAGUAAGGGGAAACCGCAAAACGGCGCUCACAUACAACUCCGCCUACGACCUCCCCCCUCAUUUGGCAGCCCCCCGGCAUACAAUGACAUCGAUGCGUUCUCAGACUCGGGUUGUGCGAGUAGUUCGUCUUAUCAACUAUUUCCCUCCAUAAAUUGGAACAACUGGCCCACCGACACUCCCUGCACUGAUUCUCCUCACCGUCCAUUCAUUAUUGAUACCGACGACGAGUAUCCUCUGGAACCCGAGAGUAACGAGAAAGAACCUCUUCUUCAAGAAUGCGAUUAUACCACCGAUACAGAAGACCGAGACGAUCCUUCCUUCCACGACCCGCUUGCUAUCAAGUCAGAACCAGUAGGCACGCUCCGAAUAUCCGUAUCAGACUCUCUCAGCUGGAUAGCUGCUUCAAUGCUCCCUCAAUAUACCGAAAAGCCCGAGCGAACCACCGACAUAUCCCCCGAUCUUUCUCGUGCUGAACUCCUUCUGUCAGCGUUUACGAUGUACAGCGAACUAAAAGACGCGUGCUUGGACUCUCAGUUUGAGAAGAUUUUCACGAGACUCCAAACAGAAUGGACAUAUAUCGGUGGCCUGUUAGUCGCUUUGGCUGCUGUCGAUACGGCGGUCUUUGCUAUCUCUGACGACUCGAUAUUUGUGGUUGACCCUUAUGCACGGAAUGCAAUCGCUGCCAGUAGCAUAGCGUCUGGCCUCGGUAUAUCCUGCGAUGCAUGGUUCCUCCUACGCUACAACUGGGCCGACUUACAUACUUUCAUUAACCGCGCCAAAGACGUGUUCGAUUCGUAUUUCUUCUUCGCCAUCUCGGCCCGCGUGCCGUGUUUCUGCAUGCUCGUCUCAGCGGUAUCCCUCCUCGGUUUCUUGGGCCGUGUGGCGUAUAACGUGUGGCCUGAAGGCGUGAUCGUCGCUUGUUUCUUCGUGGGGAUGCUGAUGACGCUCCAGUUCCUUGCGAAAGGCGCUGUACUGUGUGUCCAUGCAGCAAGCGGAGUGAGAAGAAGAGUAGUUAGUGGCGUGUCUUGGGCAACCAAAAACAGGUCGGCUAUAGUACGCGAGCAGAGCGAGGGGUAG